AAUGUUAUUAUAUUUGUUAAAUUAAAAAUAUUUAUACAUAUAUAUAUUUAACUAUAAUUUGCACUUACAUAAAGGAAAUUUAUACUAAAUCCAAUGCUUAGUUAGCAAGAAUUUAAAAGAGAUUGAACAACAAGAAAAAUCAAUAUCAUCUUUUGCUAAAUUAAUUACAUUUAAUACAAUAAAUAGUUGUUACUUAUAGAUAUUAGGCAUCUUAUAGAAUAUAUUUUAAGUGCACUACAUAAUAUUUAAACUUUUCAAUGGAUAUGUAAUAUCUAAAUUAAAAGUUGGCUUAUUUUUCCUGCAAUACCUGGUUCCUGUUGUAACAAGUAUGUAUAAUUUGACAUGCAGAUAAUAAUUUACAGAAUUUAAUUUAUCUGCACAUAAUUAAAUGUGUGCUUGCACAAAGACAAAAAUCAAAAAAGAUCAAACAAGACCAGCUAGUUCAUACAUAUCUCCACAUAACUCACAGUUUUUGCACACACCUUUGUGUGUCAACUGGAAAUUUCAAAUAUUAUCCCUCAGUUGAAUCAUACAAGUGUAACACAUCCAUUCUAAUGAUGGCAAGAAUACAUCGGACACAAAGCCAAACUCACAGCCCACCUCCCAAUCCUGAUUGGACCGUCUCCUCACUGAUUUCAGAGAGCAGUGGCAGUAGCCUUGGUGACGAAGCCAUGGCAACUACAGCUCGGUUUGCUGCUGCAAGAGGCAACGGCAGUGGACCUCCCACCCCAACACCGGCCACCACACCCCCUGCUCAGGCUCAAGCUACGCAGCUCAUCGUGCUCCCUGCCAGUUUGCACCAGUCAAACGCUAGUGGGACUAUAGUGAAUGGAGUGCCAGUGAUCGACGUAACUGCUUUAGAGCAGGCUGCUGAGUCGAGUAACGAGAGCACAGCCACCGCAGAACAGGGAGAAAGACACGAAGGAGACCCGUUGGCAUCGAACUCGCCCCAUUUCAUCACCGUCACAGUAGCAGAAAGUGACGCGGUGGCGUCGCACCCAGGAUACCAUAUACAGUAUGUCGAACCCGAAAUAUACGCUUCACAAACUAAUGCCCCUCAAACACAAGUGGCGUAUCCGGUUUAUACCGUAGGCGACACGGGAACUCUUUACACCUCCGGGCAAGGACAAUAUUAUGCUACGACGAAUCCGGGAACCACUGCAGUAACUGGUGCUGUUGGCUACGCUGCAACCGGCAACCAUUAUGUGGUACAACAAACUGUUGAAGAGUCUCUUAUUACCUCAUCCAGGAACUCUCCUCAAACCACAAAUGCCGAAACGAGUUACGUGGCUACAGCCGCGGUGCAUGCGACCUCUUCAAACCAGUUAAGUGAAGAAUUGAGUUCUUCUAUGGGACCAGCGACCAGAGUUUCUCCGGCCACUGUCCAAUGGUUAUUGGAGAAUUACGAGACAGCCGAAGGGGUGUCGUUGCCCAGGUCCACGCUUUACGCCCACUAUUUGAGACACUGCGGCGAGAACAAACUGGAACCGGUCAACGCAGCCUCCUUCGGGAAGUUGAUCAGAUCCGUAUUUUUGGGGUUGAGGACAAGGCGAUUGGGAACGAGAGGCAAUUCCAAGUACCAUUAUUACGGUAUACGAGUGAAGCCCGGCAGCACGCUGAUGAAUUUGGACGAGAGUGGCAAUCGCGUCGUCCUUAAUUCCAGUAACGGUACCGGUAAAGCUCAAGGCACUGUGAGACCAUUCAAAAGGAAUAAUUCCGAUGCGUCGGAGCACUCCGUACCGUCUACUGCGCUGUCGCAGCACUUAAACUACUUGGGGGAUGGGACGAAUGCCAUUCCAAUUUUUCCGGAUAUUCAAUUUUCUGAACCACUGCCCGACGAUCUGGGUUACGAAGAUGUGGACACUCUUAGAAAUUGUUAUCGGGAACAUUUGGAAGCGUUUUUGGAUGCUAUUGUGGGCCUGGAAUUUUCAACUAUUGAAUCUCUAUGGAGGGAAUUUUGGAGAUCUCAAUACAACAACAAUGGGGAUGAAUGCGAAGAAGAAAAUUAUUUGUCAAAAUCGAAGCUAUUUUGCUUGUGCAGUUUGGAACCGGUCCAACAGUUCAUCAAACAAGUAGACUUGUCUUUCUACCAAAGUCUAAUCCAAGUUCUUGUGCCCGACGUUCUCAAGCCAAUCCCGGCAACUCUUACUCAAUCAAUUAGAAACUUCGCCAAGAACUUGGAAAACUGGUUAACCACUGCCAUGGCGGGCGCCCCGCCGGGGAUAGUGACUGCCAAGCUAUCGGCGGUCUCCGCCUUCGGAUCCAGUUUGCGCCGCUACACCUCGCUGAACCACUUGGCCCAGGCGGCCAGAGCGGUCCUGCACAACGGCAGCCAGAUCUCGCAAAUGCUCGCCGACUUGAACCGCGUGGAUUUCCACAGCGUGCGGGAGCAGGCGUCGUGGGUGUGCCAGUGCGACAACGAGAUCGUCGCCCGAUUCGAGAACGACUUCAAACUGACGUUGCAGCAGCAAAACUCGUUGGAGCAGUGGGCGUCUUGGCUGAAGAACGUCGUCCAAAGUGCUCUCAAGCCCUACGAGGGCAAGGCCAGUUUUUCCAAAGCGGCGAGGCAGUUUCUUUUGAAAUGGAGCUUUUACAGUUCAAUGGUUAUCAGAGAUUUGACCCUACGUUCGGCUGCUAGCUUUGGAUCGUUCCAUCUCAUUAGAUUGUUGUAUGAUGAGUACAUGUUUUAUCUAAUUGAACAUCAGGUAGCUGAAGCUACUGGCGUUGUUCCCAUUGCAGUUAUACUCGAAGGCAUUAAACAAGACAUUAUGCAGAACAACUUAAGCGUAUACGGAGACGGAAUCUGCAACGGAACCGAUCAUUCCAAUGUGAAAUUGGGCCGCGUCAGUCCAACCGAUCAUACUAAGCGUCCCAAGAUUAGCUAGCUGGAUAAAGAACAGACCACUUUUGUCGUUACUUUACCUUAGAUUAAUUUUAUAUUGUUCAUUGAAUUUUUUUAUUUUUCUAUAUUAUUUAAUUUUAUAUGCUAUUCACAUAUUUUCAAAUAAUAUAUAAAAGUUAUCGAUGAAUACGGGACCAUUUUUUGCUUGAAUACAACUUAAUUAUUUACAUGUUUUAACAUGUACAACAUAAGAUUGAUUAAUGAAUAUUUUGACCAUUAAAGUACCUACUUUUUAAUUUAUUAAGACACGUGGUCGUUGAAUACUUUUAAAUUAAACAGUCAAUAGUUUUGACGCUACAUUUGGUCUGUUCCGAAUGUGACCCUUAUUUGGAUCAUUUUAUAGUGCAAUUUAUUUGAAUUUACUCAAAAACUAUGUAAGUGCCGUCAAAUAUGUGUGACAAAUAAUAGGUGUAUAUAAUAUGAUAACUUAUAUGUAUAUUUUGGCGCUAAAGGAAUUUGUAUGGUUAUAUAAAUAGAUGUAUCCACUUAAAAAUAAGGGCGCUAUCCUAGUUGCACCAGUCUGUAAUAUGGAUAAAUAUAAUUUUCGUAAUUUUGUAUAAAACGUAAAAACGAUAAGUUUUCAAAGCAAAAAAUUAUACAUCGAAUGAUAGAUUUUAUUGGGUAGCAAUCAGUUUCUGACGUACUCAACAAUUUUAUAUUAAUUAAUGAUUUUUUGUCCUUUUAGUUAAUUGGUGUUGGUUGAUGCCAAUUAAAGUAAUGGAAUUGUAUGCAUCUUGUUUAUUUUGUUUUUAAAAAACAAAGUGUUUUAGUUUAAUCUUAAUGCAUACUAGAAAUAGCUGACUGAUUUAUUUUUGUUGAUUAUAUUUAUAUGUUUUAUUAUUUUUGAAUUUGUUGUAUUUAUAUUUGUUUACCAUAAUGUGCAUUUUAAUUACAACGUGAUAUUUCACUGGUGUUAAACCGCUGUGUUUACGGUAAAUGCAUGCAAAGUUAUAACUUGAUUAAUUGGGAAUUGAAGAGUCUUUUGAGUUUUCUUCAAACGUAAAUGUUCUGCCGAGUCAUAAUGUGUGGAAUAUUAUUGACAUAAGCAAAAACAACAUUAAGGGCCCACAAUUAAAUUGACAUUUAUGAUUGAAAAUAUAAUGUUGGCCCUUCUAGUCAAUGAAUAGUCUUGCUAGUCAAAAAUGUUCGCUCACAAUGUAUAAAACUACUGUUGUUUACUAUAGGUGUUAUAAUAACCUUGAAUGGCCUCUGUAAUUAAAUUUUGAAACAAAAGUGUAUAUUAUAAUUUUCUUAUGAAAUGAUAGAUAGGUUUUUUGCUCAAAAGUAUAAUCCAUCCAUUGAAAAAAAGUUUAUAAACUAGUUGACAGAUUUACGCAGGGUAUAUGAAAUAUUCCUCUAACCAGUACAAGUAAGUGUUUUUUGAUGUAACCCUUUGAUUAUAUAGUUGCCAUUCACAUCUAGACACGCCCUACUAGACAAGUAAAAAAAUUGAAUCAAAUACAAUCUAAUUGAUAACAGGGUAAAUGCUUAUUUUAAUACAAAAUGAAGAAAAAAUGCUUGUUUGAUGUUAAUUGCAAUAUCGUUGUUGUCCUCAAAAAUCUUUGGCCUAAAAAUUCGUGUUUUUUCUUCAUCUGAAAGCGUGUCGAAACUGCACAACAGUAGAUGCGUGUUGUAUAUAAAAUUAGUUAUCCUAGCAACAAUGAAAAAUCAAAAUAACUUAGCUUUUAAGCAGAGUAAGGACGGAAUAAAACAACAGACUUAACCAAUUCUAUCCGUAUUCUCUGUGAAUGCUCUUAAUUUAAAUUGCUGCCUUGAAAAUCAAGUGCCAUCUUAGAGCUUUAACUCAAAAAAAAACGUAUAUACUGUACUGUGCAGCGAAAUAAACAUGUGAAUGGUAUUCUUUUAACAAAAUGCCUCGUGUAUAUUAGUUGAAUAAAUGAUUUGUGAUGUUAUUCACAAAAUAAAUUUUGUAUUUUCAAAUAUAUGUGUGCUGUUGACAUAUUGUGAAAUGUAAAAAGUAGUUUAAAAGAUCAUAGCCCCCUAAAAAAUAUUUUACAAGGAUAUAUAUUGAAUAUUACAUGUGCUUAUAUGCGUGUGAUUUGCUACUGACGCACUACAUUCUGAUUAUGUUCAAUAGGGUAAGCCUAGUUUCGUUAAGAGACUGCAAUUCUGUAAGUUAGAAGGAAAUUCUGUGUAUUUUUGUAGAUGUUGACAAUUAUAGAGGCAUCGACUUGCUUAAAAGUUUUUGUCAUUUUUUUGUUCAAAUAAUAACUUGCUUUCUUUGCAGAACAGGUUGACUGUACUAGAUCUCAAAAAUAUAAAUAAUUUUUAUAUUUUCAAUACUCUGUAAUUAUGGUUAACAAUAAAUCCUAGUCUUGUGUUA